UUCUUAUCGUAACGUCUAUGGAUAGACUGUCGUCAGAUUUUAGUUCCCUUUCUACUUUCUAUCGUUGCGCACUCUAUGCUGUCGAUUCACCAAAAAAUUAAAACAUGGCUGCGAAUUGCAUUUGCGUUGAUUUGUAGAUCCGUCAAAUAAUAAAGUUUAUGGUGGUAAAUUGUGAUGUUUUAAACUGGAUAAUUUGAAGUUAGAGUUCAAGUGCAGUUGAAGUGUACUUAAUUAUUUGUUUGUACAUCAAUUAAUUUGUUAAAUUUCUAUUUUCUUGGACUCAGCACAAAAUGGCGGCUUAUCAUAUUCUUUAAUGAUAGGUUUUUAACUCAACUUUACUUUUCAUAGUUUUAUUUGAACUAUUUACCAAUUUUAACGUUAUGAUAACAUCAGGGGAUGUUUAUAUUAUUUAUAUAAUUAGUUUCAUAGGGGAUAUUUUACUGUGAGAUACUAAAAACUAAAUAAUUCCAGCUGGAAAAUGCAAGAGAUGGGAGGAGGAGGUUCAGACUCCGAUAAUUCAGCAUCUGGAUCAGAAAAUGACAGUAAAAGUGACACAUCAAGUAAUAAUUCAGGCAGUGGCUCUGGUAGUUCAUCCUCAGAUGGUUCUGAUAGUGGGGGAGAAAAUAUAGAAAAUGGAUCAACUAAUAAAAGUGAUGAAGAAACAAAAAAUGACAACAUACAAGAUGGUCAACAAACUUCAAAUUCAGCUAGUCCUGAUACAUCGGGCAAACUUGAUAGUUCGAAAGAGUCAGAGACAGAUCCAUACAAUACCAGGCGAUCUAUUAGAACUCGACGCGAACCAGAGAGGCUUCAAAGUAGGGACAGUGACAGAACUACAAGUGGGUCUAAAAGUGAAGAAUGGAAAUAUAAUGAUGUAAGUUCUUCAGAAUCUGAAGAUGCCAAAGAGCGUCCUCCGCCUAGUAAACGGGUUGGAGCUAGGGCGCGCACGACUGUGAUAAAAAAGAAAAAAAUCAAGAAAAAGCGUAGUCAAUAUAGUACAGAAGAUGAAAGUAGUGAUGAUGAGACAGAUGAAGAACAUAGACGAGCUGUGUCUCGAAGAAAUGCAGCUACUGUUAGCUACAAGGAAGAUAGUGAAGAAAAGACAGAUUCCGAAGAUUUAUUAGAAGUCGACAAUAAUGAAGUAGUAGAACCAGUUCCGGAAGAAAAAUGUGAGACUAUUGAAAAAAUUUUAGCAUCAAGGAGAGGAAAGAUAGGGGUAACUGGUAAUAUCACAACAUGUUACUAUGUUGAAGAAAAUGGCGAUCCUAAUGAAGGUGUUGAUGAAAAUGAUAGAGAAAAUACAGAAGAUCAAUAUUUAAUUAAAUGGAAAGAUUGGGCUCAUAUUCAUAAUACUUGGGAAUCCGACAAAAGUCUUCGCGAACAAAAAGUGAAGGGCAUGAAAAAGUUGGAGAACUAUAUCAAAAAACAAGUUGAGAUUCAACAGUGGAUAAAGUAUUCAACGCCCGAAGAUAUAGAAUAUUAUGAAUGCCAGAUGGAAUUAUCCCAAGAUUUGCUUAAAAGUUAUAAUGAAGUGGAAAGAAUAAUAGCCAAAUACAAUAAACCUGAUGGAGGUACAGAUUACUUCAUAAAAUGGCAAAGUCUUCCAUAUGCUGAAUCAACUUGGGAGGAUUCAGCACUGAUUCAACGAAAAUGGCCUGAUAAAAUCAGUGAAUAUGAAAUGAGAGAAAAAUCUGUCAUGACCCCAACAAGACAUUGUAAAGUACUUAAAUACAGACCCAAGUUUCAUGAAAUCAAAACGCAGCCAGAGUACAUGACUGGUAGAGACAAAAGUCUGGUGUUGAGGGACUACCAAAUACAUGGGCUGAACUGGAUGAUACACUCUUGGACCAAAGAUAACUCUGUUAUAUUAGCCGAUGAGAUGGGACUUGGUAAAACUAUUCAGACAAUUUGCUUUCUGUAUUAUCUCUUCAAUACGCAACACCUGUAUGGACCGUUUUUGUGCGUUGUUCCCCUUUCUACUAUGACGUCAUGGCAGCGAGAGUUCACCCAAUGGGCUCCUGAUAUGAACUUUGUGACAUACUUGGGAGAUGUACAGUCCAGAGACACUAUUCGUCAGUAUGAAUGGUGGUUUGAAGGAUCCAAAAGAUUGAAAUUCAAUGCAAUUCUUACGACAUAUGAAAUAGUUCUCAAGGAUAAGGCGUUUUUAGGUAGUUUAAGUUGGGCUGCUUUAUUAGUUGAUGAAGCCCAUAGAUUGAAGAAUGAUGACUCUUUGUUGUAUAAAGCUUUAAUGGAAUUCGACACAAAUCAUAGGCUGCUAAUUACAGGUACCCCAUUACAGAAUAGUCUCAAAGAACUAUGGGCACUUCUCCAUUUCAUUAUGCCUCAAAAAUUUGAGACUUGGGAAGAAUUCGAGAAAGAACAUGAACAUGCAUCUACCAAAGGUUAUAAUAAACUUCACAAACAACUAGAACCAUGCAUUUUAAGGCGAGUGAAGAAAGAUGUAGAAAAAUCACUACCAGCAAAAGUGGAACAAAUUUUAAGAGUUGAAAUGACUUCUAUUCAAAAACAAUAUUACAAAUGGAUCCUAACAAAAAAUUACAACGCUCUGAGGAGAGGUGUAAAAGGAUCAACAACAACAUUUCUAAAUAUUGUGAUUGAAUUGAAAAAAUGCUGCAAUCAUUCAUCCCUCAUCAAACCACCAGAAACGGAAACGCAGAAUGCUCAACAAGAUCAACUCCAACAACUACUUAGGGGCUCUGGUAAACUUGUACUUUUAGAUAAAUUAUUGAUUAGACUACGAGGUACAGGUCAUAGGGUUCUAAUAUUCUCCCAGAUGGUUAGAAUGUUGGAUAUUCUUGCUGAAUAUUUACAGCUGAGACAUUUUCCAUUUCAAAGAUUGGAUGGUGGGAUCAAAGGAGAACUAAGAAGGCAAGCUUUGGAUCAUUUCAAUGCAGAAGGGUCACCCGAUUUUUGUUUCCUUCUAUCAACUCGUGCUGGUGGGUUGGGUAUUAAUUUAGCUACUGCUGAUACUGUGAUAAUUUUUGAUUCUGAUUGGAACCCUCAAAAUGAUCUUCAAGCACAAGCAAGGGCUCAUCGAAUAGGACAGAAGAAUCAAGUUAAUAUAUAUAGGUUAGUAACUGCAAGAUCCGUAGAAGAGGAAAUUGUAGAACGUGCAAAGCAAAAGAUGGUUCUGGACCAUCUUGUAAUUCAGAGAAUGGAUACUACUGGAAGAACUGUUUUGGAUAAAAAAGGUUCAUCUAAUAAUAAUCCAUUCAAUAAAGAGGACUUGACUGCAAUUUUGAAAUUCGGUGCAGAAGAAUUGUUUAAAGAUGAGGAUGAAGACGAAGAACCUAUCUGUGAUAUUGAUGAAAUUCUUCGUCGAGCUGAAACUAGAGAUGAAGCCCCAUCUAUGGUAGGAGAUGAACUACUGUCUGCCUUCAAGGUGGCUAGUUUUGCAGCAUUCGACGAAGACGCCGAGCCCUCCCCAAUCAAUAAUGUUAAUGAUGAUGAAAGUAAAGACUGGGAUGAAAUUAUACCAGAAAAACUUCGAAUUAAAGUUGAAGAAGAAGAAAAGAAUAAAGAAAUGGAAGAUUUAUAUCUACCACCAAGAAGCAGAAAAACUUUACAACAAAUUAACCAAUCAGAAAGUGAUGGAGAAGAAGGAAAAGGAAAGAGGGGGAUUAAAAAAGAAGGAGAUGAAUCUGCAGGGUCUAGUGGUGCAGAAGAUGAUUCUGAUGAAGAAAGACCUAAAAAACGUGGAAGGCCUCCUGCUAGUACAAGAGAAAAAAUUAAGAACUUUACUGAUGCUGAGAUUCGAAGGUUUAUCAAAAGCUAUAAAAAAUUCUCUGCUCCUUUGAAGCGACUGGAGUGUGUGGCAUGUGAUGCAGAAUUACAAGAAAAGCCAUUGCAGGAACUGAAAAAAUUGGGAGAACUACUGCAUGAAAGAUGUCGAGCAUUUAUGAAUGAGCAAGCUAAAGAAAAUACAGAUUCAAAUAGUCAAGAAGAACCCAAAGGCCGCAAGCGAGGUCCAUCAUUUAAACUAGGAGGUGUCUCAGUUAAUGCUAAAACUAUGAUGGCAUGUGAAGAAGAGCUGGAACCACUUGAUGAAGUAAUUCCAUCAGAUCCAGAUAAACGGUUAAGGUGGACAUUUGACGAAAAAACCAAAUCUGCCCAUUUUGAUGUUGAGUGGGGUAUGGAAGAAGACACAAAAUUGUUGAAAGGUAUUUAUCAGUAUGGCCUCGGAUCAUGGGAGCAGAUUAAGUUGGAUCCUUUGCUAGGAAUUGGUGAUAAAAUAUUUCUAAAUAAUGAAGAGAAAAAACCUCAAGCAAAGCAUCUUCAAUCUAGAGCUGAGUAUUUAUUGAAAAUUAUGAAGAAACAGCUAGAUUUGAAGAAGGGUGUACAAAAACCAAAAAGACAAAGGAAAAAGGAAACUAAGGUUCUCACUAAAGAAUUAAUAGAAGGUGAAGAAAGUUCUAAUGAUGGCUGUUCAGUACCUUCAGCUGCUCCAAUAUUACAAACAUCUCCAAUUAUAAAAAAGGUGAAGAGAGAACUUAAAAAAGAAGAUAAAGAAGAUAUACUCGACAAAAAAGAUAAAAAGAAAGAGAGGAAACGAGAAAAGAAAUCUUCUGGACCCAUGCACUUUUCGACCAACGAAACAGUUGCAUUAAAUGUUUUAGGCGAUUUAGAUCCCACCAUUUUUAAUGAAUGUAAGGAAAAAAUGAGACCGGUCAAAAAAGCAUUAAAAGCAUUGGAUAAUCCUGAUCAGUCAUUAUCUGAAGCUGAACAAGUGCAACAUACUAGAGACUGCCUACUGCAAAUUGGGGAACAAAUCAAUACAUCCCUCAUGAAGUAUAGUGAUCCUGAAAAAAUAAAGGAAUGGAGAAGCAAUUUAUGGUACUUUGUAUCUAAAUUUACUGAAUACGAUGCUAAAAAGUUGUACAAGUUGUAUAAGAAAGCAUGUAAAAAAACUGAGAAAAUAGAGUCGAAGAAAGAAUUGAAGAGUGAGAAAAAAGCAGAGCGAAAAGAAAGAGGGGAAGUCGCUACAACUAGUAACGAUAAAGUUAAAUCGAUCAAAUUAACUAAGAGUGAUAAAGGAGAAAUGAAGAUUUAUAAAAGGAAGCAUGAAAGUGAUGCGGAAGAAGUACAGAAGAAGAAUCAUUCUGAGAAGAAAGAUAAAGAACGGAAGAGGGUUAGAGAAGAAACAAGCGAGGAUGAUGGUGAAUAUCGUUUUAACAGACACAGAAAACCAUACAGGCACGAACAUGCAUAUGCUGAUGAAAGGUGGAAUCAACAACGAGAGAGAUUUCCUGUUGAUCAUAACAGGCAGGACUAUCAUAGGCCACAAUUUCAUAGAGAUCGAGAAUACCCGCGUCCUGAGAAAAGAUCUCCAGACAAAAAUAGUGAGUGGAGACAAUUUCCUAGAGGUAGAGAAAUGAUGCCAUUAAUGGCUGGACAACCGCCUAUGAAUAUGGGAUACUAUCCAGGUUAUUCACAAGGACAAAUGUACCCUGGAGACCAACCGUUCCCUAGGGAUCGAUUUCCACUUGGAGAUUGGCGACCACCUGAUCGCAAUUAUAACAGAUAUGACAGACGUCAACAGUAGUUUACUUAAUCAAUAAGAAUCAUUCUGUUAACUCAAAUAAUGGUUUUUUUCUAUUUUUUUUUUGUUUCCUACGUUACCUUUGUUUACUAAGUAUAAAGUUAUAAUUUUGUUCCAUUUUCUGUCUUAUAUGUAAUUAAGAUGAUAAAAAAACUACUGCUGCACAUAAAUGUUUUGAAAUAAUUUAUUGUGUAACAAACUUAUCGAUUGUGUAAUAUGAAAAUACUUUGUCAAUUAUUGUAUACCCAAACUUAUUGUGGAAUAUGAAUAUAGUAUUUUUUUAAGUAUACACUCGUGAUGUUCCGAGAGUAAGAAAAAUCCCUUUAAGUAUUAAUUGAAAAAUAAACAGAUUCGGAGGUCUAGAUAUUUUUGUUACUGUUGCCAAAUGAAAAGUGCAAUUACUUUGACAACCACCGGUUUAAAAUUAUAUCUUGGAGCGGUUAAAAUUCAGGCUGGUGGAUUUAUUUAAUAAAUUUCAAAGCAGAUCAAUUAGUAAUUAUAAAAUUAUUGAAAAUUCGACAUUACCACUAUCUUACAAAGAUAUUUCAAAAUACCCGUAACGUUUUCCAUUGAGUAAUAAGUAAUGGUGAUUGUAGAUUUCUCCUCGGACUAAUUAAAAAAAUUCUAUAUUUGAACCAGAAUCAACUUUCCAAGGUGGCAAUAUUUUUUAUUGUACAAUUUCAGUAGUUUGUUUUUGAAUUUGGAGUUGACAUGAAUUGAUCAAAUGUGCAUGUUGAAAUGUACGUUUAUGUAUUUAGUAGUAACUUUGGGAAGUUAUUGAGAGAAUUUUUUUAUUUGAAUGUAUUUAUUUUAGCUCUUAAUUCUUUUUCACUCAAUAAUUUUUCAAAAGAAUGCAUUUUCAUUACCAAAUCUUUUAUAAUUAAUUGUACAUUUUUAAUUAAUCGAGGUGGCCUCCAUGUAUAUUUGAAGAAUAUAUUGUAGGCCGUUGUCUCACAGUGUAAAAAAUAAUGUACAUACAGAUAGAUAAAUAUGUUUUGAUAUAAUUUGUUCAUGUUAAUUUGAAUAAAUUCCUAGUUUCCUCUAAA